CACAACAUGUCCGGCACAACAUUAAAACAGCGCAAGAGCGACGCCAACGGCGCCGGAGUGCUCGACCAGAGCGAGGUCAUGAAGGCCAUGCUGGCGGCCCGGGCUCAGGCCGCCGGCAGCGGUAGCGGCAGUGACGACGACGACGAGAGCGGGUCUGACGAGGACGAGGACGAGUCUGGCAGCGAGUCCGGGGACGACAGCGACGCCGAAGCCGGCUCGGCUGCCAAGUCUCUUGCCUCCUCUGCCUCCCGCUCGCCUUCGCCACCACCCCGUGUUGCCCCAACGUCCGUGGCCACCACCUCGCGCGUCAAGCUCCCACCUCGCGCCGACGCGAAGGGUAAGGCUGCUGCGACCCCAGCCGACGCCUUUGACGGCCCCCGCGCGGCCGAGCACGACACGUUCGCGUCCCUCGGCCUCUCUGCCCCAAUCAUCAACGCGCUGGCAGUCAUGAACAUCCGCAAGCCGACCGAGAUCCAGUCGGCAUGCGUGCCCCCCAUCCUGGCCGGGCGCGACUGUAUCGGCGGGGCGAAGACGGGCAGCGGAAAGACGAUGGCGUUCGCCCUGCCCAUCCUCGAGUCGAUCGCGCGCGACCCGUUCGGCGUGUACGCCGUCGUCCUUACGCCGACCCGCGAGCUCGCGUACCAGCUCAGCGAGCAGUUCCUCGCCAUCGGCCGUCCCCUCGGCCUGACGACAGCGACGAUCGUCGGCGGAAUGGACAUGCUCUCGCAGGCGCAGGAGCUCGAGCGCCGCCCGCACGUCAUUGUCGCCACGCCUGGGCGGCUGGUCGACCUGCUCCGCUCCGACGCAGUCGGCAAGGGCAAGCUGUCGCGCGUGCGCACGCUCGUGCUCGACGAGGCAGACCGCAUGCUCACGCCGACGUUUGCGCCCGAACUCGCAUUCCUCUUCGAGCAGAUCCCCGCCAAGCGCCAGACCCUGCUCUUCACCGCUACGAUCUCGGACGCGAUCAUGGACCUGGCGAAGAAGCCCCCACCAGCAGGCAAGCAGCCGCCGUUUGUCUACCGCGUGGCGUCGGACACGCUCACCGUCGACCGCCUGAAGCAGAAGUACCUCUUCAUUCCAAGCCAGAUCCGCGACCCCUACCUCUACUACCUGCUGCUGCACCCUCCGUCCGACAUUGACGUGGCGCUGCGGCACAAGGUGGUCAAGCCGAAGGACAACAAGAAGAAGAAGCAGCAGCAGCAGCGGGGGAAGCGCCAACGCUCUGAAACGCCAGAGGACGACGAGGCGGCCUCCAUCCCACCAACAAUAGUGUUCACGCAGCGAUGCGCGACGGCACACCUCGUGCACCUGAUGCUGCAGGAGCUCGGCAUCCCGUCCGUGCCGCUGCACUCGCACCUGACCCAGCCCCAGCGGCUGUUGUCACUCGCGCGCUUCCGCGCCGCCGAGGUGCCAGUGCUGGUGACGACCGACGUCGGAUCGCGUGGUCUCGAUAUUCCCGAAGUCGCCAUGGUCGUCAACUGGGACUGCCCGCGCCGCGGCGACGACUACGUGCACCGUGUCGGUCGUACCGCCCGUGCUGGGCGCGGUGGUGUGGCCGUCACAGUCGUGACGGAGCACGACGUCGAGCUGGUCAAGAGCAUCGAGGAGGAGGUCAAGGUGACCCUCACUGAGCUCGAACUGCCCGAGGAGACGGUGCUCGAGAACCUCAACAAGGUGUCGGUUGCCCGCCGUGUGGCCACGAUGGAGAUGCACGACUCGGGCUUUGGCGAGCGCCAGGCGAUCAACAAGGCCAAGGCGAUCAAGCGGGCCCGCCGCGACGCGGCGAAGUAGGGUGCCAGUGCCCCAACCCCUCUGUAGACAUAGACUAUGCCAUUAUAUUGCAU